CAGAGAAAGGACGAUACUAUUUGGGCGGUGCUGUUGGGGGUCGUCGCAAUGCAAUAACAUUCAAUAUGGAGUACACAGUACUGUGAUUCUUAUAUUUCGGCUACUACAAAUAGAUAAGUAUCCAUUAACUGUCUAGUCAUUCAUCAUUUAGUGAAUCUGUUUCGGAAUUAUUUAGAGCGCGUAGGAUAUGCAUUUGAUGUUCAUAAAUUGAUGCAUUGUUACAUGAGGCGUUGUUCUAAUAGCAAUUUGGUGCGGUGACAGUUAAACUGUUGUAACGUUUAGAUACGUAUUAAUGUAGCAAUAUUUCAAAUGAUAAAUGUUAUCCUUGCAACGAACUCAACAGCGUGUGGUGGCGAUUCUAAUUUGUAUACAAGCCUGAUAGUGGCUAAAGCGCUAUUGAACGUUUUGUAGAAUACUCGGUUACUAGGUGAAAGGUUAAGGACAUCACUCUCAAAUAGUUCGUCGUCGGGUCGUGUAUGAUCAUAGGAUGCGCAAUGCAGCGAGUGCCUCUUUGUCUCUGGGAUCGCUGGGUCUGCUGCGUCUCUUCGGGGUCCCCUGGUCCUGGAGCUUAGCGGCAGGCUUCGGGGUCUUUCUGGGCACAGGUGGUUGGAAGUACCUCUACAUCGUAGUCCGUACUGCCAAAAGAGACCUAAAUGGCCUUUACGUGUUGUUACGAGUCAAGAUAGCCUUGUGGCACCACCUACGGCGCAACAGCAAUAUCCCCUCCAUCUUUGCCCAGACGGUGAAGCAGCACCCAAAUAAACCUGCCCUCAUCUACGAUGCCACAGGAGAGACGUGGACCUUCACCCAGCUGGACCUGCUGUCUAACGCUGUGGCCCAAUGGGCUCUGGCCCAGGGCUGGGCCCCGGGUGAUGUGGUGGCCCUCUUCAUGGAGAGCCGGCCCUUGCAGGUGGCUCUCUGGCUGGGCCUGGCCAAGGUGGGGGUGGAGGCAGCACUCAUCAACUUCAACCUGCGGAGGGACGCUCUCCUGCACUGUGUUGGAGUGUCUGUGUCCAGAGGGAUCGUGUUCGGAGCCGAGCUGGCUGGUGCCAUGUUGGAGGUGAGCUCAUCCCUGAGCCCGUCGAUGGUGCGGUUUUGUACAGGAGAGCUCAGUGUAGACUGUCUGGCCUCCCUGUCUGCCCAGAAUCUGGACUAUAUCCUGGCCUCGGCCCCUACACUGCCCCCUCCUUCCUGCAUCCCACCCAAGAGCUUCAAUGAUCGUCUGUUCUAUAUAUACACCUCAGGCACCACAGGACUCCCUAAAGCUGCCAUAGUGGUGCACAGUCGGUAUUACCGUAUCGCUGCUUUUGGCUACCAUGCUUUCCGCAUGCGCCAGGAUGACAUCAUCUACGACUGCCUUCCCCUCUACCACUCUGCAGGUAAUAUCAUGGGUGUAGGCCAGUGUCUCAUCAAUGGACUCACUGUGGUGGUGAAGAAGAAAUUCUCAGCCAGUCGCUUCUGGGAAGAUUGCAUCAAGCACAACUGCACUGUGGUGCAGUACAUAGGGGAGAUCUGUCGCUACCUGCUGUCCCAGCCGGUGCGGCCUUCUGAGAAGGGUCACCGGGUUCGCCUGGCGGUGGGGAAUGGGCUGCGCCCUAGCGUCUGGGAGGCCUUCACCGAGCGCUUUGGGGUGGCCCAGGUUGGGGAGUUCUACGGAGCCACUGAAUGCAACUGUAGCAUCGCCAACAUGGACGGCAAGGUGGGAGCUUGUGGGUUCAACAGCCGCAUCCUGCCCAAUGUGUACCCAAUCUGCCUCAUGAAAGUGGAUGAGGAGACCACAGAGCUGGUGAGGGACAGGCACGGCCUGUGUGUGCCCUGCCGUCCUGGGGAGCCAGGGCUGCUGGUGGGAAGGAUCAACCAACAGGACCCGCUACGGAGGUUUGAUGGCUACGCCAACCAGGAUGCCACCAGGAAGAAGAUUGCCAACAACGUCUUCAAGAAAAAUGACUCGGCAUAUCUGUCAGGGGAUGUGUUGGUGAUGGAUGAGCUGGGCUACAUGUACUUCCGGGACCGCAGUGGAGACACGUUCCGCUGGAGAGGAGAGAACGUCUCCACCACCGAGGUGGAGGGAACACUGAGUGGUCUGCUGGGCCAGGCCGAUGUGGCUGUGUAUGGGGUAUCUGUACCAGAUGUGGAAGGGAAGGCAGGGAUGGCUGCCAUCGCAGACCCAACAGGGACAUUUGACUGUGAUGCGUUCCUGCGAGAGGUCCAACAGGCCCUGCCCCCUUACGCCCGUCCCGUGUUCCUACGCAUCUCCCCACAAGUAGACACCACAGGUACCUUUAAAAUCCAGAAGACCCGGUUGCAGAGGGAGGGAUACGAUCCACGCUUAUCAACCGACCAGAUUUACUUUUUGAACUCCAGAGCAGGGCGUUAUGAGGCUGUGAAUGAGGAGCUACACAGUGCUAUAGUGGAGGGUAGAAUGGCUCUAUGAGAUGGACUAUUUUAAGCUGGGUUUACACAACACGUUUAUGAGACUGCUUUGAGCCACAGCUUGUUGUAGCUACGUUAAAUCUAAUCACAUAACUGUUUUCGCGAGACACGGUGGUAUGGACAAUCCUCACGACCAAGUGAGGAAUCUUGUAGUGUGUGAGCCCGGUCUGUGCCACAUGGUCUACUGUGUGAGCCCUGUCUGUGCCACAUGGUUUAGUGUGUGAGCCCGGUCUGUGCCACAUGGUCUACUGUGUAAGCCCUGUCUGUGCCACAUGGUUUAGUGUGUGAGCCCUGUCUGUGUCACAUGAUUUAGUGUGUGAGCCCUGUCUGUGCCACAUGGUUUAGUGUGUGAGCCCUGUCUGUGCCACAUGGUUUAGUGUGUGAGCCCUGUGUGCCACAUGGUUUAGUGUGUGAGCCCUGUCUGUGCCACAUGGUUUAGUGUGUGAGCCCUGUCUGUGCCACAUGGUUUAGUGUGUAAGCCCUGUCUGUGCCACAUGGUUUAGUGUGUGAGCCCUGUCUGUGCCACAUGGUUUAGUGUGUGAGCCCUGUCUGUGCCACAUGGUUUAGUGUGUGAGCCCUGUCUGUGCCACAUGGUUUAGUGUGUGAGCCCUGUCUGUGCCACAUGGUUUAGUGUGUGAGCCCUGUCUGUGCCACAUGGUUUAGUGUGGCAUCACUACGUUGGCAAGACAACAAAAUACUACAGGAAAGACGGUCGUUUAGUGCGAGAGGCUCAGCCAUGUUAGGAUCAUGAAAGUCAUGUAGUGCACACCGGCUUUAAGAAAGUGACUGUCAAGGUGUCAGAUACUGGAGACUGUGAUAUGCUGGAGUGGAAAAGCCUUAUCAUGCCUUUAUAAUGCAUUGUAAGACUUGUCAUAAGCAUGCAUGACCCCUUAUAAUGUCUUAUCAACUCAUAAUGAUCCUGUCUAAACAUCCAGCAAUUUUGUCAGUUGAUAUUUUCAUACGUUGUGGAAAAUAACAUAUUAUAAAGGCUCAUCUGUGCUUAGAACACGUUAUAAAGCAGUACACCUGCAGGCUUUAAGUAGUGUUAUUGCUGAAGUCUCCAUGUAUUAGUGUUUCUCCCUGGAUCUAGUCUAGAUCAGGGGACUGAAGGGCUACUGAUCAAUCAAUAGGGAAACCUUAGUACUGUUACAAAACCAUCUUUUAACACUAUCAAUAACGUCCAAGGACAAGGUUGGAUGAGGGCUUUUUCCCCCUUUUGUAUUUCUUCAUUUGUGUUGUUUCUUAGUUUAGCCAAAUGAAAACGUUCAAGCCUUCAACACUACAAUGCACAUAGAGCAGAGCAAGUUUUCACAUUAAACCAGGAUGUCUGUUACAAUGACAGCAUUUGUCUGUUUGUUACAAUGAGAGUGUAAAGGAAAUGAGAGCUGGGACUGAAUAUACCACAGUCGUUGAGAUACCAGUCUCUUGAAGAUUGUGUUCCAGGCUAUUUGCUCCCAACCUUGUAAUAGUAGUGUGCCACCAUGUAAAGAACAAAAUACUGAACAGGUUUUUAGCAAUACUUGAGUGUCCAUGUUGGAUGAGGUGUUGCUACCUGUGUGUUAGUAGUAUGAUAGAACAUGCCUCUUAUUCCGAACACUAACUGUAGGAGUUUUGAUUGCGAGAUUACAUUUUUUUUAUGUAAAACUUAACCCGAUUACGUAACAUGUUUGAAGUAAUGGAUGAUAUGCACUGACUGACCACUCAGGUUCACACACAUUGAUAUUAUGUGCCUUGUGGGAACCCUGUGGAAGCCCUGUGUGUCCUGGAACUAUUGGGGUUUUAUGCUUAACCUGACUAGGGAACUCCAAUACAUAAGAGCAUUAUUUAAACAAUAUCUUCAAAAUCUGUCAAUUAGUCAGCGAUCAUGGUUGCCCUAUUAUUAUGUAAUAAAGCAAUUUCUCAGAGUAAUAUUGUAGAUAGAAUUGAUUGGGAACAUUAUUCUAGGUCUCCAUUUUCAUACAUUUGUUUAGGUGUAACUCAAAAUAAAGGUUUGUAAAAGACA